AUGAUUCUUCUUGCUGUGCUUUUUCUAUGCUUCAUUUCCUCAUAUUCAGCUUCUGUUAAAGGUCAUACAACUGGCCUUUCAUUGAAUAAUGACCGACUGUACAAACUCACAUAUACCACUGAAGUGUCUCUUGAUCGAGGCAAAGGGAAACCCCAAGACACUGUAGGAUACCGAAUUUCAUCCAAUGUAGAUGUGGCUUUACUUUGGAGGAAUCCCGAUGGUGAUGACGAUCAACUAAUCAAAAUCACGAUAAAUGAUGUGAAUGUAGAAAAUGUCAAUCAACAAAGAGGAGACAAGAGUAUUUUUAAAGGGAAAAGUGUACCCAAAAUCAUAGGAAAGGAAAAUUUAGAAGCUCUGCAAAGACCGGUGCUUCUUCAUUUAAUCCAUGGGAAGGUCAAAGACUUCUACUCCUAUCAGAGUGAACCAGUGGCCAUAGAAAAUCUCAAGAAAGGCCUGGCUAGUCUAUUUCAGAUGCAGUUAAGCUCUGGAACCAACAAUGAGGUAGAUAUCUCAGGGGAUUGCAAAGUGACCUACCAAGCUCAACAAGACAAAGUGACCAAAAUCAAGGCCUUGGACUCAUGUAAAAUAGCAAGACCAGGGUUUACUACCCAAAACCAGAUCUUGGGUGUCAGUUUGAAAGCCUCAUCUGUUACUACCUAUAAGAUAGAAGACAGCUUUGUGGUAGCCGUGACCGCAGAGGAGACACAUGCUUUUGGGCUGAACUUCCUACGGACUGUUACUGGCAAAAUAGUUUCAAAGCAGCACUUGGAGCUGAAGACAACUGAAGCAGGACCCAGACUGAUACCUGGAAAGCAGGUCGGAGCAGCAAUUAAGGCAGUGGAUUCCAAGUACACAGCCAUCCCCAUUGUGGGGCAGAGCUUCCAAAGCGAAUGUAAAGGAUGCCCAUCUCUCUUGGAGCACUGGCAGUUUACCAAGAAGCACCUACUCCCUGACAACCUCUCUAAAACUGAGGCUGUCAGAAGCUUCCUGGCCUUCAUCCAGCACCUCAGGACUGCCAAGAAAGAAGAGAUCCUCCAGAUCCUAAAGACUGGGGACAAGGAAGUGCUACCUCAACUGGUGGAUGCCGUCACCUCUGCCCAGACUCCAGACUCAUUAGAAGCCAUCUUGGAUUAUUUAGAUUUCAAAAGUGACAGUAGCAUUAUCCUCCAGGAGAGAUUUCUCUAUGCCUGUGGAUUUGCUUCCCACCCCAAUGAAGCACUCCUGAAAGCCCUCAUUGGUAAAUUCAAAGGUCCAUUCGGGAGCAAUGACAUCAGAGAAUCAGUGAUGAUCAUUAUUGGGGCCCUGGUCAGAAAGUUGUGUCAGAAUGAAGGCUGCAAACUCAAAGCAGUGGUUGAAGCCAAGAAGUUAAUCCUUGGAGGACUUGAGAGGCCAGAGAAAAAAGAGGACACCAUGAUGUACCUGUUGGCUCUGAAGAACGCACUGCUUCCUGAAGGCAUUCCCCUGCUUCUGAAGUAUGCAGAGUCAGGAGAAGGGCCAGUCAGCCACCUCGCUGCCACCACACUCCAGAGAUACGAUGUCUCUUUCAUAAGUGAUGAGGUGAAGAAGACUUUGAACAGGAUAUACCACCAGAAUCGUAAAGUUCAUGAGAAGACUGUGCGCACUACUGCAGCUGCUAUCCUUUUACACAGCAACCCUUCCUACAUGGAAGUAAAAAACCUCCUGCUUUCCAUUGGGGAACUUCCCAAGGAAAUGAACAAAUAUAUGCUCUCCACUAUCCACGACAUCCUACGUUUUGAAAUGCCAGCAAGCAAAAUGAUUCGUCGUGUUCUGAAGGAAAUGGUUGUUCACAAUUAUGACCGUUUUGCCAAGAGUGGAUCCUCUUCUGCCUAUACUGGUUAUGUAGAACGUAAUCCCUAUGCAACAUCUACUUAUGGCCUUGAUAUUCUUUAUUCUGGUUCUGGAAUUCUGAGGAGAAGUAACCUGAACAUCUUUCAAUACAUUGGGAAGGCUCACCUUCAUGCUAGCCAGGUGGUUCUUGAAGCUCAAGGACUGGAGACCUUAAUUGCAGCCACUCCUGAUGAGGGGGAGGAGAACCUUGAUUCCUAUGCUGGCAUGUCACCCAUCCUCUUUGAUGUUCAGCUCAGACCUGUCACUUUUUUCAAUGGAUACAGUGAUUUGAUGUCCAAGAUGUUAUCAGCAUCUAGCGAUCCUGUCAGUGUGGUGAAAGGACUUAUUCUGCUGAUAGAUCAUUCUCAGGAGAUUCAGCUGCAGUCUGGAUUAAAGGCCAACGCAGAAAUUCAGGGUGGUCUAGCUAUCGAUAUUUCAGGGUCGAUGGAGUUUAGUCUGUGGUACCGUGAAUCCAAAACGCGAGUGAAAAACCGUGUGGCUGUGGUGAUAACCGGAGACAUCACAGUGGACUCCUCUUUUGUGAAGACUGGUCUGGGAAUCAGUGCAGAAACAGAAGCAGGGCUGGAGUUCAUCUCAACAGUGAAAUUCUCUCAGUACCCAUUCUUGGUUUGCAUGCAGAUGGACAAGGACGAAGCUCCAUACAGGCAAUUUGAGACAAAGUAUGAACGGCUGUCCACAGGCAAAGGUUAUGUCUCUAGGAAAAGAAAAGAAAAGCUAAUAGCAGGAUCUGAAUUCCCACUCCAUCAAGAGAACUCUGAUAUGUGUAAGGUGGUAUUUCCCCCGGAACCAGAAAAUAAUUCCAAUGGCUGGUUUUGA